AUGUAUGAGUUCCAGAUGCAAUAUGGAUCAAUUGGCUGGGUUGUAGGUGUGACUCUUGGAUAUGCACAGGCUGCACGGAAUAAGCGAGUGAUUGCUUCCAUUGGUGAUGGUAGCUUCCAGGUGACCGCACAAGCUGUGUCAACAAUGCUGAGAUGUGAACAGAGGACCAUCAUCUUCCGUAUAGAACCCGAGAAUUUUUGUUUCUUAGUGGAUGCUUUCAUAGUACUUAUCUAUAGAGUUCUAGACCAUACCCCUCUCUCUCUCAUUCGUGAUAGAAUAAAGCAACGCUGGUUUACGAUUGCUAUAGGUUUGAGAAGCACGACGGGAGAAGGAAUAGAAAAACUAGGUUAUGAGAGGAUGCAUGAUGGGUAUGGUUUUGGUGAUAAAAAUGAGGCUAGUGAGAGUAUAUUAGAUUUUGCAUUGGCUUCUAACUUAGUGGUGGCCAAUAUUAUGUAUAAGAAGAGAUAUGAGCAUUUGAUAGCCUUUAAGAGUGGGUCAACUAGGAGCCAAAUAGACUACUUUCUAGCAAGAAAAAUAGAUCGUCCAAAAUGCAAUAACUAUAAGGUGAUUCCUGGAGAGAACUUGACGUCUCAACAUAGGAUUUUGGUAAUAGAUUUAUGUUUUAAAAGGAAAUACCAAGCUAAGAAAGAUAAUGGGCGUCGUAUGACGAGACGAUGGGACCUAAAAGGGGAUAAAUUAGAAAUAUUUACGAAUAGAAUGGUUAAAGAAGAUACUUGA